GACCUUUUCCACUCUCUCUCCACGCUGAUUCUCUCAUUACUAAAAAGUAAAAACACACAUUUUUGUCGAAGAAAAUAUCAUGCCAAGCGCCGCCGCCGACCGCUGGAAGAAGGCCGUCGCCAUGGGUCUCUCCCUCUUCGGUCGCACUUUCAACCCCUCCAAAUGCAAAACCUCGGCCAAAAUGGCGGUGGCGAGGAUAAAGCUGCUGAGGAACAAGCGAGAGGUGGUGAUCAGACAGAUUAGGCGCGAUAUUGCUCUGCUUCUCGAGUCCGGCCAAGACGCCACUGCUCGUAUUCGAGUUGAACAUGUGAUAAGAGAACAGAAUAUUAUGGCAGCGAAUGAGUUAAUCGAACUUUUCUGCGAUCUAAUUGUGGCAAGGCUCUCUAUCAUAGCAAAGCAAAGGGAAUGCCCGCCUGACCUUAAAGAAGGGAUAUCGAGUUUGAUAUUUGCUGGCCCUCGAUGCUCAGAGCUCCCCGAGUUACUGGCCAUACGAGACGUAUUCCAGAAGAAAUAUGGCAAGGAUUUUGUUUCUGCAGCUACUGAUCUGCGACCCAAUGCUGGUGUCAACCGAUUGCUUAUUGAAAAGCUCUCUGUUAAAACGCCAUCGGGUGAAGUGAAGCUGAAAGUUUUGAAGGAAAUUGCGAAGGAAUACCAGGUUCAAUGGGAUACAACAGAAUCGGAGGAGGAGUUGCUCAAGCCUCCAGAAGAGCGUAUCGAAGGUCCAAACGGUUUUGUGAGUGCAUCGGGUAUGCCAUUGAAGCCUGUCCAAAAGCCGUCUCUCGAGCCAAAUGAUGCAUCAAACAGGGGACAACAAGGCAAUGUCAUGAAUUUUCAAGAUGUGGCAUCCGCUGCUGGCGUUGCUGCUGAGAAAGCACUUGCUGCUGCUGAAGCAGCAGCCGUCCUAGCUGCCUAUGGAGGUAACAAGCAGAUGCCUGCUUCUCACAACAGUGGGGGAAGCUUCAACAACACUUCUCGUAAAUCCAGUAUAAAGUUUAAGCCAACUCCCCCGGCUGAGUAUUCCACCAUUGAUGAUCAAUCUGAAGAUGAGAGAACAACAAUACAAACAAACGGUUAUGAAUACUACACUCACUCGGGCGUCGAAAAUGAGCAGAAGGUUGAUGAUGGUAGGAAGGUGAUUAGGAGGCAGAGCUAUAACUGUCAGAGAGCGCCUACAGGCACCAAGUUUGAUGAAGAAUCAGACUGCGAUGAAGAGAUUGAGAUGGAGGAGCCACCAAGCGCCAACGCGGGGAGGAUUAAUCGAAGACAUAGCUAUAAUAAUGCUCCUCCACCCGCACACUCUGGCGUCAAAUAUGAUGAAUACAGCGAUGACGAAGAAGAUGAAGAAGUCAGUGAUGAUGAGUUUCGCCAGCCUGCAAGAGGCACUGCUGAUCGGCCACCAGAGCGCCCGGCUCCACAAAUUCCAGCGCGGCGUGUGCACCCCAAGCUGCCUGACUACGACACACUGGCUGCUCGUUUUGAAGCACUGAAACAGCACAAGGCGCAGCCUAGGUAAAUCAGCCGGUGCACAUUCGUAUAUGUUUGUCAAUGAAUAUAAUAUACUACUGGACGUUAUACCCAUCUUUUGCCUCUUGUAAUUCGUUCAUUUUAUGGAUACUGAUAUUGAAGAAUAUAUACAUAUAAUAAUAUUGUAGUUUAUCCCUUA